UAUUGGGUAGGGCUACCCAAUGGCAAAAGGGUCGGGCCUAAUACUAAAGGGUUUUGACCCUUUAAUUUUUUAAUGGACAGGGCUUUUAUAGGGUCUUAUUUUAUAGGGUUUUUAUAGGGUUUUAUUUUAUAGCCCAAUAAUUUAAUAAUUAAACUAAAGAGCCCAAUAAUAAUUGUAAGGGUCAGCAGUCAGCUACUACCUCUCUUCCAUUUUCUCUCUCCUCCAUUUUCUCUCUCCUCCAUUGAAGCCACUCAGAGUUCUCCAUUGAAGCGCAACUUCAGAGUUUUCCAUUAAAGCACUCAGAGUUCUCCAUUGAAGCGCAACUUCAGAGUUCUCCAUUGAAGCGCAACUUCAUAGUUCUCCAUUAAAGCGCACUCAGAGUUCUCCAUUGAAGCGCACUCAGAGUUCUCCAUUGAAGCGCACUCAGAGUUCUCCAUUGAAGCCGCGCACUCAGAGUCUCAGGUAACAUCAUUUUCUCUCUCUUAAUCUGUUAUUCAAUUUUAAUAUCUGAUUGAAGAUCCGGUUUAGGUUAUAUAAUGUGAUCGAAAAUCAAUUCAAAUUGGAUUUUCUUCUGGGUGAUUUUGCUUCUUACUUGAGCUUGGAGAGUGAUAAAAGGAUUGUGGGUAAUUUUGCUACUUAUGAGUCUGUUGUUCUUGGUGUUGCUAAUGCUGAUUUAUUUUGGUGUUUUUAAUUAUAAUUUGGGAGUUUUUUUUGCUUGAUUAUAAUUGUGUUUGAUCUGAACUCAUGGAUGAAUGAUUAUAACCCUUAAUUUUGUGUGCUAAUCAUGUCACAUAUUUUCUGCACUUGUGCCAUUGAAUGUUUUCAUUUCUAUAUUAGCUACAAUUUGAAAAUACUUGAAUUAAAUCAAACCAAUAAAGGCUUGAUAAAGUAUACUAUUAAUCCAUCUAUAUAUUCAUACAAAGCCCAUAUUAUCUACUAAUAUAUGUAGUACUUUGAAUGAAUAUAAUGUGACUAAGCUGAUGAUUUAAUUAUAAUUUGGGAGUUUUGCUUGAUUUGAUUAUAGUAGUAUAAGAAUUGACUAAACUAGCAUGAUUAUAGAACGAGAAAGCAAAUGUGGUACUUGUGUGUUGACUGUUAAGGUUAGUGUAGUUGUGAUACUACUACUACUACACUGAAUUGGAGGCUGGACACUUAUAAAAUUUAACUAUGUAGUACAAGUAGUAUUUGUUUUAUUACCUUAGCAAAGCACAACAGACCAUAUAAGAUUCUGUUUUCGGAUUUUGCUAUUCUCCUGAUCGAACUCCUAAAUGUGCUGGCAGGGCAAAACAAUUAAUAUGGAUGAUGAUACUACUACUACUACUUCUACGGCACGUGAUGAUGGAUAUAAUGAAUACAUUACUCCGCAACGAAAGAGAAAGAAGAGGUCUAAAGUUUGGAGAGAGCUUAUUGAAGGGAAGAAUGUUCAAGGUGAGAGAAUUGCUACAUGUGUACAUUGUAAUUCUAUUUUAUCUGCAAAUCGUGAUAGUGGAACAUCUCAUUUGAAGCGUCAUUUAGAGAGGUGUGCAAAUAGGCCUCUAGGACUUACAUUUGAGGAAGAUAGUGAUGAAGAAAAUUUUGUUUUUGACAUGAAUGAACUUCGAAAAGAGAUUCUUAAUUUCAUUGUUGAGGGAGGUCAUUCAUUCACUAUGGUUGAAGAACAAGGAUUUAGGAGAAUGAUGAAAAGAGCUACCCCUAAGUUUAAACCAUUUGGUCGUGCAACCACAAAGAGAGAUUUAUUGAAGGCUUAUGUAUUGGAGAGGGAUAAAUUGAAAGAUUUCUUGUCUAAUGUUUCGGGUAGAAUUUGUUUAACAACCGAUAAUUGAAAGAUUUCUUGUCUAAUGUUUCGGGUGAAUUAUCCUACUUCUAAUGUGUAUUUUAAAGGUGCAUGGAUGGUGCAUCGCCAUUUGCUUGAGGCGGAGAAAGGUCCUUAUGAUUAUUUAAAGGAAAUGGUGAAACCAAUGCUUGAAAAAUUUGACAAGUAUUGGUCGGAUUACAAUUUUUACUUGUCAUGUGCCGCCAUUCUUGAUCCGAGGUACAAAGUGAAAUUUGUGGAAUAUUGUUUUAGUAAGUUAUAUGGAAGUGUAGAGGUCUCAAGACGAAUUAACUUGGUGUUGGGAACUAUGAAGUCAAUGUUUGAGGACUAUAAGUUGCAAUAUGCUAGUAGUUCACCUAUUGUAGUUGCUCCUUCUCCUCCUAGUACUUCCGGAGCUAGAAACUACUUUGAUGAUUAUAACCAUUUUGUCGGUACUAGUGCAAGAUCUCAAGUAGGAAAGUCACAACUUGAGAUGUACCUAGAUGAUGAUGCUUUAGAUCUCAAUUCACAAUUAGAUAUUUUGGAGUUUUUGCAUCAAAGUUCUGUGAGGUAUCCUGUGGUAUCUAAGAUGGCACGGGAUUUGUUGACUAUUCCUGUAAGUACUGUAGCUUCGGAGUCUGCUUUUAGUAUUGGAGGAAAGACUGUUUCGGCAUCGCGAAGUUCAUUAAAGUCAAAAACAAUUCAAGCUUUAGUAUGUAUGCAAGAUUGGCAUCGUGAAAGCAAUCAAGUAGAGGUUGAUAGUGAACUUGAAGAUGAAAUCAUUGAAGAAGAAGAGGAUGAUGAUGCAGACCCUUUCUACUAGGUCUUGUUUCUGUGUGCUGCUGGCUUUUUGGUUCUGUAGUUGCUUGUGUUGGUGUGGCUGGGAGGUGCUUUGUAGCUGCUGCUGUUGCUGGAGGCUGUUCUGAGUUCAUGAAGCACUCAGAGCCAAAGAGCUUGUUUCAUUCCUACUGCUGCUUCAUUCUUUUGUGGUAUCUGAGAACAUUUGCUAAAAUGUUGGCAAUGAACUAGACCAUUCUAGUAGUAUUUCGUAAAUCUAGAAACUAGUAUAUUACAAUUGAUGUAACAGGGUUAGUACUCUUGGUGAACUUAUUUUGGCGUGCUGGUUUUCUCUACACAGGCUCUACUUCUGGUUUUAUUUUGAUGUGAAAGAUUUUUAUGAGACUUUGAUCCUGCAUAUAUCUUUGUCUGAGCACAAGUAUACUAUUUAAAGAUUAGUAUACCAUUUAAAGAUUAGUAUGCUAUUUAAAGAUUAGUAGAAGUUAAUGGCCCGUUAAUGGCCCGUUUUACUUUUACCCCGACCCUGACCCGA